AUGGAGUGGGUUCGUGGAGAAACAAUCGGACACGGAACUUUUUCCACCGUCAGUAAAGCGACAAACACCAAAGAUUCCGACGACUUCCCUUCUCUCAUCGCCGUCAAAUCAGCGGAUUCUUACGGCGCCGCCUCGAUCGCUAACGAGAAAUCUGUGUUGGAUUCACUCGGCGAUUGCCCUGAGAUCGUACGGUGUUACGGCGAGGAUCAAACGGUGGAGAACGGCGAGAAGUUACAUAAUUUGUUACUUGAGUACGCUUCGAGAGGAAGCUUAGCUACUCAACUAAAGAAAUUAAACGGCGAGGGUUUACCGGAAUCCGCCGUGCGUAACCACACAAAAUCGGUGCUACGAGGAUUACGUCACAUCCACUCGAACGGGUUCGCUCACUGCGAUAUAAAACUCGGGAAUAUUCUGUUAUUCGACGACGGCUCCGUUAAGAUAGCAGAUUUCGGAUUAGCGAGGAAGAUUAACGGAGAUUUAACGGCGUCAAAAGAAGGCGUGGAGAUACGAGGAACACCGUUAUAUAUGGCUCCGGAAUCCGUUAACGAUAACGAGUACAGAUCAGCUGCUGACGUGUGGGCGUUAGGAUGCGCUGUAGUUGAAAUGUUUAGCGGCAAAACGGCAUGGAGUUUUAAAGAAGGUUCGAACUUCAUGUCGCUUUUGAUACGUAUUGGUGUCGGGGAGGAGUUACCGGAGAUUCCGGUGGAGUUGUCGGAAGAAGGAAAAGAUUUUUUGUCGCAGUGUUUUGUUAAAGAUCCUGUGAAAAGAUGGACGGUUGAGAUGCUUUUAAACCAUUCGUUUGUAGCCGUUGAUUUCGACCGAGAAGAUUUCGAUGUGACGGUGAAGGAAGAUGGAGAUGUACCGACGUCGCCGAGAUGCCCAUUCGAAUUCUCCGGUUGGGAAUCUGACUCAUCAUCGGAAUCACACACGCAAUAUCAGCCGUUGGAUUCUCCGGUGGAGAGAUUUGAGAGUUUGGUUAGUGAAUCGAUCCCUGAUUGGUCUGUCGCUGACAGCUGGGUCACGGUCCGGUGA